AGGAGGAGAUCGCAUUUGGUUCCUGAACUGUUUCAGGGCUCGGUGCAACCACCACACACACUCUUUUGAUUUCUCUCUCACACAUAUGGACAAAUACACACACACAGCGCAAAGGGGAUCUUGGCAGUAGAGGAGCCUAAAAGUCGUUGACCAAACUCACAUCAGCCGCCUUUGACUGCACAGCUUUUGAAGGAGAGAAGAAGAGCAAGAGGUGAUAGAGAGGACUGUAAAGAAGAGUGUAAAGACGGUCAAAGGAGUGCAUCGCUUUGGGUUUGUUUAAGUCGUUCAAUUAAAUCAACGGCUGAAAAUGGAGAACACGUGAGGGAAAGAGGAGCGAGGGUAAACUUGGGGCAAAAAUGCUGCUGGCUAAAGUUUGUGGAUAUUUCUAGAGGGAUUUCAUUUUUUUGCCCUUGAACUUUGAAGAAGGAACGCACAGGGUUGACGGAGGACUGCGAAGAAGCCUGUAGGUGGGACGUUGGGUUCUCCAGGAAACAUGGCAGCCACCAAUCCUUUCUCCUGCCCCUUUUUUCUCUCCUUCCUCUUUUUAUUCUUGGUUAUCCGGCCAGCCUUCACCCAGGGUCCAUCAGUUACAGCUGUGGGAGUAACUGAGGAUUCACCUACCACACUGACUAACCAGACAACUACCAGCUAUACAGAGACCACCCAAAACACUCCUCCAGAGACAGGGCUUUCCACUCCCAACAGUGGUGGAGAUGCAGAUGAUGAGGAUCUUCCUCCUGCUGGUGGGACACGUUGCCAGGGUUACUAUGAUGUCAUGGGCCAGUGGGACCCACCUUUCAACUGUAACGCUGGUGUCUUCCUGUACUGCUGCGGUACCUGCUUCUACCGUUUCUGCUGCCAGUUCCGUCAGCAGCGCUUGGACCAGAGCAUCUGCUCCAACUAUGACACUCCCAUCUGGGCAAACACUGGCAAACCAGUUGCCACCGUUACUGAGGGACAGGGAGACCUGGACCGGGACCGCACGCAACUUAUUGUGUACAUCAUCUGUGGGGUGGUGGCCAUCAUGGUACUGGUGGGCAUCUUUACUAAACUGGGCCUGGAGAAGAGCCGGGGGGGAAGCGGAGGUGGAGUAGGAGGGGCAGCACAGGCCGACCUCAACUCCAGGACGCUGACAGACCUGCUGAAACAGCAGGGGAAUGAGGUGAGCUCGGUGGAAAAUGCCACGGCCAGUCCGCCCAGUGCAGGGAGAGUCAACGGCGUGUCAGCCAGGAUGCUGCGCAGCAGGAGUGAACAGUACCAGCUGAAUAACUCUGCUUAUGGACCAUUUGGACAAGGGCUUCCACAGCCUCACAGCAACCACAGCACAGUGGGGCUGAACAAAUACACCUCCCUCAAAGCUGUGGCUGAAACUGCAUCUCGGAGCUACUACAAGAGCUUCCCUCUCAUGGAUUUCUCCCACUACCAGCCUGUAGCCCCGCCUGCCUUCCAGCCUGUGCCCAUUCCACCUAAAGAGAAGUCAUACAUCCAUCACCAACCCCUGCCAGCACACCACGACAUCCACUCCCCUCUUUCAAUCUCCAUCCCCCCCAGCCACCUCGAGCAAUCACGCCUCUCUAAGACAACCACACACCCGUUUCUCUCCAACUCGGCCUUCAAAGCAUGGGAGCCAAACGCCCGCCAUGUCCACAGGCAGACCUCCGCCCCAGCGCAUACUUCCACCUCUCUGCACAGCUCCACCCGGAGACACAACUACUCAACCCGGAGGCAGCAGAGCACAGAGAAUGUCCCAGAUCUCUAUACUCAACCCUAUGGAGGGAUGUAUGGAGGAACUGGAGGGGGAGCAGGACAGGGGCCACAUGUCCAGGGGCAACAUCCAUCUCAACCCACUUAUUACCACCACACCAGACAGAAGAGCUACUCCACCCACAGUGCAAAUGAGGUGACUGUCUGAGCGGCAGCAACUCAGAGUGCGGCCUUCAACCAUGUUUAACACAAAAACGAAAACGCUUUGGCAUAAGCCAAAAAGGCCAGAGUUUGGGACAGCUCGUCCAACAUGUGGUUAAUUAAACAAGAAGUUUUUUUAAGACACGAAAAAAUGAAAAGGGGUGUUUUCAUAAGAGGAAACAGUCAGGUUCAGGAGGAAAACAGUGCAGAACCACCACUUUGUAGAAAAUGGACUGUGCUGGUAAAGGUUAUUACCGCAAUUGAGCAAAUGUCUCAUAUAAUAAAUGUUUAGAUUUCACCCAAGGAUAUCUCAAAUCCAGUCUCAGGCUUCAAUAGGCUGCAAAGCUAUAAAAAUGUCCAACUACUAAAGAUUUUCCACUACAGUGUGCUUCAAUUGCGGUUGUACAGGCCAUAUGGUACGAAGCCCUGCAAGGGACAUGGGAGAAAAAAAAAUAAAGAUGAACAUUUGCGAGAUCUCGCAAAAGUUUUGCGAGAUCUCGCAAAUGUUUUUGCCGCAUCCUUCGGAGGCCGCCAGCACGAAGCCGACCGGGAGGUCGAGGCACGUUGUGCCGGGAGUGUGGUGUUCCCCCCGGCUGUAGUGGGCCUCAACCUCCCGUUAGCUUCGAGCUGGUGGGUAACAGACAAAACGCCGGAGCACUUUUGCAAAUAUGUGAUCUCUUGAUAAACCGGGCAGAUAUUCGAAGUUUACACAGCUACAUUCACGCCUAAAAAUAUCUUAAAAGUUUAUUUUGUGACCCAGAAAGAGUAAUAUUAAAACUAACUAGCUGCUGCCAUUGUUGGAAACGAAUUGGCUGGCCAUGCUAUGAAUUCUGGGGAAGGUUGGGUCAUAAAGGAUACACCGACUCGGCCUUCAAAUUUGACUUGCGAAGGAUGCAGUCUAUUUUGCGAGAUCUUGCAAAAGUUCAUCUUAAUUUUUUCUCCCAUGUCCCGUGCGGGGCUCCGUAAUAUAGAAACAUGGGCAGAACAAAAGAACAACAAAAUACUACUGCCAGCCACCCUAGAGCAGAAGGCUUGAUACUUCGAGUCAAAUUAGGCAAAAAGAAACAGUCAGUUUGUAUUAUUCAAAAUAAUUCUACCUGAGCACAGGUGGAGCAGGUGAUCAGUUCAUGUGGCUACCAAUUUAGCUAGAAAAAAAAAAAUCAAAUUCCAUUCCAAAGAAAUAGUCACAGCUAGCAUGCAGCUAUUUUGACUCAAAUAUAGCUUUCUGUGUACUCUUUUUUUUGUCAUUCACCUGCAAAUGUUAGACCUCAGGAACAUUGGAAGUGUUCAUGUCAUUUAAUGGGAACUCUGUCUCUGUUCUCCUACUCACUACCUCCUCCACUUUAAAGGAACUCAUUGUAAAUGAUAAUAGUUUGAAAACCUUUUUGAAAUUAAUGUUAUCAAAAGAAACCCAAGAGCUGUUUUACUUUGAGGUGACAGUGCUAGCUACUGCACCUUGCUUCUUCUCCUGAGAAGCACAGGUAUGAAGCACACUAACGCAGACAGUUAGCCUAGUUUAGCAAUAACAACAAUUUCUUGCUGGGAAAUUAUCAAACUGAUGUUUUUCAUCUACACUUCAGUAUUUAUCUGGAUUAAACAAAUGUAUAAAAUCUCUGUGGCUAAUGGUGUGUUCCAUUUGAAGUCAAAAGUUGGAAUUUAGGAGUUCCUAAUUGGAAUUUUCACCCACCCAAGUUAAAUUUCCACCUUAGAAAGAUGGAAUAGCAUCACCAACCUCAACUUCAUAAUCCAAGAUGGUUUCAGAGCAUGUAAAUGUGUAAAAUCAAUACUAUGAUGCUAAUGCUAAUGCUAAUGAUACACGAUACUACAGGGACGUGCUCUACUCGGGAGAUCUCUCUUAACUCUGACAUCUGAGGCAAAUGGAACGCAGCAUUAAUAAUGAAGCCCAUGAGGAAGUUUUGGAAACUGCAGUUCCUCAAAUGGCCACUUGAGGUUGGCUCUUAAAAGAGAGUUAAUCAUUGGCGUUCAUGUUUUUUAAAAAAAACCCCAACUUGGGCUGGUGUACAAAUGAAUUAAAAAUAAGUGCUUUUGAUUGUGAUCCAGUUGGAGCUGGCUAAAUACUGAUAUUAAAAUCUGAUGCAAUCAUCUUCAUAUUAGUUUAAGAGUUUUCUCAUUGUGAUCUAUAUAGAUAUCAUCAACCAUUCAGUGCAAUCGUCGAGGUAAAAGUUCAGGUAAUUUUCAGGCCCCACAAGCUUUUGUGUGCAUCAAGUUACCUCCUGUUUAUCUUGUAAAAACACCUCUUCUAUUUUGCAGCUCUCAGUCUACCUCCAUGCACAGCUGUUUUCUCCUUGUCCCUUUUUCUCCCACCAAUUUUCUGAGAUGAAGCGCUUUGCAUUCUUCGCCAUCAGGCCAAGCAUACGGGGACAGCAUCCCCGCGGGUCACAUUAACUGACGGUGAGGACAAUGCCACCAUCAUGUCAGCUCCCAUCAGCCUCCAUCCUAGCUAGAGAAAAGGAGAGAAGGAAAGAGAGGAAGAGCGUAAGAGCCAGAGGCUCAAACUCUUUAGAAAGGAGAGAAAAGGAGGAAAGAGAACAGGAAAAUAAAAAACAAACACACACUGCUGCAUGUUUUCCUUCCUUGGGGGAAGGAGUCAGUGUGGAUCUGGUCUCCUACUAUUGAACUGUCUGAGGCAUAAUUCAGAGUGUGCAGAUGCCUGUAUGUAAUUUCUAACCUACAGGCGCCAUUGCGGGAAAGUUUUCUGAGGCGUUUCCAGCCCUGGAGCGUUAGACAUUUCUCAUUUCAUCUCUGAACCCUGGACAGCAAAGGACACUGUGCAGAGCUGCGGCUGUUGAUUUAAACAUUCAACAGUUUUUGCAUUGCUUCCACUGCACUUGUUGGUGAAGAUGUACAACUGGAACACCCUCAGGAGAUGUACAAUGUACGACACAUGUGUCCAGAAAUGGUUCCAUGAGGUUCAUGAAUUGAAUUUGUGCUGAAAGAGCUGAGGGGGGAACUUUCCUUUGAUUAUGUAGCAGCUGAAUUAAGAGGCAGGAAAAAAGGUUGCUGUAGGUUAAAUUGAGUCAAGACAUUGGGCAACGCAUGCAAAACAACACAGCUGCUAAAUAAAGACUGCCCAAACACAACUCUACAGCAACACAUAGAUGCACUGUUGGUCAAAUGCAAUUCUGCAGUAUGGUAUUUUAAACAUGAAAUCAAGAUACUAAACAAUAAGAAUGUUAUAUGGUUAAUAUUUUCCUAAAUGAAGGAUCCGUAUAUGAGUAUGGCAAAGAGGUCACAGCACCUUAACAAUAUGUCAUAAGAAGACAGGUGAACAAAAAAAUCUGACCUAUUCUGCCCUUUUGAGCAGACCAAAAUUUUAAUAACUCUUCCAAAUGAUCGAGAGGAACAUUUUGUUUUGGCCUCUACCCAAAGUAAAGUUUAACACUUUCUCUCCUCUCACCUAUAUUUGUCUGUCUGCUAAGUUUUGGAGUUGUUUUCCACUGGAACAGCUGCCUGAUGGAACAAGCUUGAAUUUUUUUAAGACACCAAAAUGUUCUGUUAAGCUGGACAUUUGCAUCAUAAUUCAUUUUUGGUUCAUCUCUCCAUAUGGACCUAUUCAUAUUCCACCUGAACUUCUUAAUAAAAAAAUACAUGAGGUUUAAAAUCUUGCCACCAGGCUUAUAGAAGUUAUGAUUUAUCCCUGGAGAAAUGAGCAAGAAAAGCAGCAACUUUGAAAAUUUUCAAUUUUAAAGGGAUUUGAUAAUCUGUGACUGGUACUGUUGUCAGCUGCUGUCAUGGAGGCAUUCGUGACAGGGGUUUUAAACUGUUCAUUUGAACCAUGUGGAGAAAUGUCAGAAAUUUUGAUAAUAGGUAAAAGUACAGUAAAUGUAUAUUUGGUGUCUUUUGUCAGCCAAAAUCUGUAAUUAAUGGGGACCUAUUAUCAUAUUUUAAUUUUGGACUUAAUCCGACAGCAACCCAUAGCUCGAAGCAAUCCUCACAUGUCUUAUAAUGAGCCUUAGUGCAGCCCCUCACUUGAUCCACUGUUCUAACUCCUCUCCCUUUAACCCAUCCUCCCAACUUUGUUCUGAUUGGUUGCCCCUUGCAAACAGUAGGUUGAGCUUCUUUAUCCAUAGCUGGAGCUAUGUGCCUGAAAUGACCAUAACAGAGACAUGUUUAAUAUAAGUAGCCACCACUGUAACAGUACAUGAGUGACAGAAAAUAAUAAAAAACACACAGCAGGUCUCAUUUAACACUGUUUCUAAUACUCAGUCUGGUACAUAAGCUAAGUGCAAGUCUAACCUGGUAUUUAUAAAGGCUUGAGCCACAUUCACCUACUCUAAGCACUUCAAAUUGCUUAACCUGUCAUAUCCUCCUGAGAUCCACCCUAUUCAUUUAUGUCUCCUGUAAUGGACAUUUGUUUUUGGUCUAUAUGUUUUUACUUAUUUGAGCUAACUUAAUAAGUCAUGAUGUGCUCAAUAGAGGAUAUCCUGGCCUUUCCAAUGAUAUCUCAUGUGUUUGGGUGAAAACGUUAAACUGGAAGAUACUUUUUUCCUCUGUUCGUAGGAGGGUAUAGUCACACCUACUGCCCGCACACUGACAUCACCCGUUAACAUGCAUGUCUUUGGACUGCAAAAGGAAACUAAAGUAAACCCAAAUCUAAUAGGAGCAGCAGAGAUCAGCGAGACAAACACCUGCAUCAUUCACAAUGAUGUCACAUUAAGUGAAUGGCAUUUAGAGCUCUGUGGCUCCUGCUGUGUCAAGAAAACAAAAAAAACAGGCAACUCUUUCACCGCACCCUCUCUUGUCUUCAUUCCCUUGUAUGUAAACACAAGAAGGAUACGUCUGUAAUUAUGCGAUUCCCCUCUUCAACAGUGCAGUGUCCUGGGCAGGCAUCCGUUUCCCCUCCAAACGGUCGGUGUUGUGGGUUUAAAAUGUUGAGAGCUGCUGCUUUUUUUCCCUUAAACAAUAGCAGUUUAGUUCUUUGCAGUGAACAAGUGCUUCCAAUGUUUGUUUGCUUUUCCCCCGUGGUAUGGAAAACUGCAUUUUUCUCCACCUGAUCUUCUAGUCUUUGCAGAUGAAACAAACCGCUUUUUCAUGUCUUUGUGAUAAAUUCUUGACACAUUUUGUACAUUAUUACUCCGUCUUUUGUUGAUUUUUGUUUUAUGUAGUGCAACCACCAUCUGGGAAUCAUUUUUGCUUUGAUUUAUGACUAUUGUGUAAAUAUUUUUAUUUAUUGGAUUUCCUAUAUAUUUUAUUUAUAUAAGGGCUGUAUGAACAGAGAGUAUUUAUUAGUAGUAGUAUUACUGCUGUCAGGUUUUAACAGAAUAUUUGACUUUAUGUUGGCAGAGUUGGGCAAUAGACAGGCCUUUUCAUGUAAGUGGCAAAACACAGUGGCACAAAUGAACUGCAGUACCUAUGUCUAAGCCACUGGUGAGGUCUAUAUGGCCAGAAGUGGUGAGAAGGAACUGCUUUUGAACAUUUGUCCGCAUGUUUAAAACUGGAAGAAUAAUUUUUUGCUGGGUAAAGACUGCCGAGUUUACACCACUUUGGCUCCCUCAGUUACUGCAAGUAAUAAAAUAUAAUAGAUACAGAUGAGGUCAGAGUGUAUUGGAGAGAAAUACAGUACGUAGUGUUUAUGCUGUAUGUAUCCAUACUUCUUACUACAACAGAACAACUACUUUAUACCCAAAAUAUUCUAGAGAUGUUGUUUCUAACAAACUGUUUAGAAGACACUUUUAAUG